UAUGUCAAGAAUAUCCAUCACAAAAAUUCCCUUUUAACUCUGUGAAGUCACUAGAUAUACCAUUGUAUCUUUAUAUGUAUGAUUUACCCAUUCAAGGUUACCCCCAGUAAAAGUAAACUGUUCGAACGGCAACAUGGCGGCGCCCAUGAGUGAUUUGGGACCGUGCAAAAAGAAAAUGAAAAGUGAGGACGAUUCCAGUAUUUCUGCAGCAUCUACAUCAUCGCCAGGUGUGACCAUCCCCCACCCUGUACCUGUCCUCUCACAAGACGUCAUGGCUCCAGUUCCACUCAUUGAUGUGUAUGUUGCUCCAGUCUUGGACAAGAAGCAAACAUCCCAUCUUAUAAAGGAGGUGUCAUCAAGGUUCCCUCUACCAGAUCUACUUCAUCUCAAACGUGUCAAGAGCCAAAAGUCAGGAAACAAAGAGACAACAAUACAAAUACUACUUUGCAAGGCUCCUUCAGAAGACAGCAGCAGUCCAGACUCAGAGGACCCCACAGAAAAUGGUUUCCGCUUUGAUGGGCUCGGAAAGCCAUUCCUCACCAAAGUUGCAGUUCGGCCUGCCAUCACCAGGAGGCAGUAUGAACACUGUGCACAGUACUGGCCUACUGCAUUCCAUGAGGAUAAGUCGUUGGAGAGAAGAUUAAAAGGAGAAUUCUUCAGUUGUGAGGAGCUUCAGUCCAUCCAGAAGUACAUGAAGAGGGCUCUUCAGGCAGCACAACAUGCAAAACACACAGGCAUGGAGCCUGUUGGUGCUGUAGUGGUGGACCCAGUGGCUGAUGAAGUUGUAGGUGUGGGUCAUGACCUGAGGCAUGCUGGGAACCCACUACACCAUGCUGUCAUGGUUGCUGUGGACACAGUUGCGUCCAGUCAGGGGGGAGGUUACUGGGACCACAGGGGACCAGGACUUUAUUGGAGAGAAGAGCAAACAGAAUCCAGCAAUGAUGACAGCAAAGAAGUAGCUGACUGCUCAUCCAAAAGAACAGAAGCUGGGACAGAUAGAAAAGAUACAAAAUUAGUUGAUUCAACAAGAACUUGUGAUACCUCAGAAGAAGGGCAAUCCAAUGAUGGACCAUACCUGUGUACUGGAUAUGACUUGUAUGUGACCAGGGAGCCAUGUAUCAUGUGUGCGAUGGCCCUGGUUCACUCCAGGAUCAGAAGAGUGUUUUACGGAGCUCCACAUCCCAACGGUGCCCUCGGCACCAAAUAUUCUCUUCACACCCAGCCUAACAUCAACCACCGAUAUGAAGUCUUUAAACAUGUCAUGUUGGAAGAAUGCAGCUCUUUAGACUUAGAGACUGUUUAAUAAUCUGAAAAAGAAAUGAUGUACUUCUUUAGUGAAAGCAGCAGCAACAUAAAGAGCAUAUCUAAAUCAGUGUUUUUAUUUUUCUAUAUCUUUAUAAGAUGUGUAUAGAUGUAUAUGAAUAGUCAAUAGGUGAUUAUGAUCUUUAUUGUUUUGUGAAUUGGUAGAAUAUUGAUAAUUUUACAUAUCAUGUUGCUGACAUCAUCAACUGUUGUAAAAUCAUACCACAUACAUGUAGUUACAUUGUUGAAAAUACUCUUAAAUCCACAAAGUUGACCCAGUUAAAUAAAUAAUCCUUACUGGUAUUUGUUUGGAUUGCCCUUGUGAACAUCUCACUCAUGGCCCAUAACCCCAUGUUCCCACAUGUGUCCCUGUGGCCAAGUGACCUUACUUCUUUGCCCAAUGAAUCAAAUUCCAUAAACCCAGCUUCCAUAGGGUGGAGAUUCAAACUCGAGCAGAAAGUACAAUACUAUCAGAGGUUCAGUACACCUGUAGAAAAGGCAACCUUUAGU